CUUACCAGUCAGUAAAGAAGACAACAUCACAAUUGCAGUCCACGCCGGUCGUUGAACGACUGCAACUCUUCAUACUAUGGUCCGUUCCUGAAUCCCGAACACCUCGCUUCUUCAGCGAACAUGUCGAGUCCAGCUGCGACCCCGGCGCCUCCCCGCCCGCGACCGUACCGACGCUUUUUGAACUCGGCCUUACACACGAGAUUUAUACAUGCGGUCUUGAUAUCUCUGCUGAUCGCUCUCAAUAAUGCCUUCUGGUUGGGCUCAAAGAAAGAUAUCUUCUGGUCAUGGUUUCCCCUUGGGCCUGCAGGAAUCAAAGCUUUGCUCUUCUCACUAUGCAGCCUCUGCAUCUUUUUCCCCCAGAUCGCCGGACUGAAAAUCGGCCGCCAGACAACUACCUCCCCUUUUGGCAUGUUCAGGAAGAUGGCUCUGAGUACGACAACCUUUUGGACUCUUUUCUGGUACCUCUUGUCCGCAUUCGUCUUCACCUCUGUGUACACUUGGUCUGCACCAGAUCUUGCUUGGACAAUUCCGGGAGGCCACAAUGCCCCAGAUAUGCUCAAUGAGAAACCCAUAUUUCUGCGCUUAUACACGCUUUUGCUGGGCUGCGCCUAUGCUGUGGUACAUCUCUACCUUGGCAAUUCAUCACUUGUGAUUGCGAUCUCAGCCCUGCCAGUAUCGCCAAACACAGAGGGAAAAGGACAAACCACACAUCCACAAAAGCCAAUUCUAGCUCAAUUCCAACAGAAGACAUAUUCGGCAGUUCUGAGGAUUUUCAUUAUUCCCACCUCAGUCAUGGUUUUGGCACCAUUUCUCAACACUUUGUUCUUCCGAGGGCCACUCUGGCAGGUGCAUCUGGCGAUUGCAAAGCUGUUCAACAACUUGUCAAGGGCAAAUGCUCGACCCAUCGGACUGCCGCCCCUCGGCCCUGUACAUUUGAUCAGGUGUCUCAUUGCAGGUUUCUUGCUAGCCGCAACAUGGGAAAUGACAACAAUGCUGUUCCUGACUUACCUUGGAAGGGAACCAACCAAGGCUGGAUUUCCUUUAUCAACUACAAGCAAAGAUCCGAAUGGGACGUUGCUCACCGGACUGCGAGCGAAGAGAGAUGUAGUGAGGACAUUCGCUUUUUGGGAAUUGUCGAUCAUUGCCCAAAACCACAAAGAUCGCAGAAAGACCAUUUUUGAAGAUAUUGAGCGACCGACUGGCCCAAUAUGGGCUCAAAUGUCAGAGGCUGGACUGAACAUUCUACGCGAGAUUGACAGUCGUAUACUAGGCCCACCCCCAAAGGCGUCGCAACCCCAGGGAUCGAAUGUCGUAGAGAGCCUGCCGCAUAUUGUGCCAGAGGUACAGACACAAUCCAUAUUCAAGGCGAGUCCAAAGCCAUCUAUGGGCGAAUCACUGGUUGGAGGUUCCCUACGAAGGAUUGGAAGUAGUAGUCAGCCGUGGCGACCACCGAUCGAAAAUACGACCAAGGCUAUGGAGACGAAGUUGCUCGAGUAUGCCAGGCCUCCUGGUUCUCCCCAGGCGCAAUCACAGAGUCUGAUCCAGCAAUGGAUGGAUUCGUUGCAGAAGAGCCCGGUUGGAUGGUUUUUCACCUCCACGGAAACAGCGAGAAUCAACGCCACAGUACUAGGAUCACCGAACAGUGAUGCUGCCGUAAUUGUGGAUGUUGUCGAUUCACUUACCAAAAUGCUCAUUGCAAGUCUCACAGAGGACACUUAUGGUAAAGCAACACCCACCGUCCCAGAGACUGUAAGACAAUUCACGAAAACCUUAACCAUAAUCGAGGACUUUGUCGCCAAGAACAACCCUGGUGGAAGCAGAGGAAUCGGAGAAGUUCAAAUCAUUAUUGAGAGACUGAGAGCUGGACUAAAAGAAUUACUUUCAGCUUUCCAACUCUAUUUACUUGAUGUCGGUUUGGGGAUUACCGAUCUCAAUCAGGCGAAGAAGGCAAUUGAACCUCCAAAGCCAGAGCCCCAGCCUCCCAAAUCUGUCGAAGAACCACCAACCCGUCGACAACUCUUCUCAAAAGAACCACAAAGAGUACAAUCAAGGCAAGAGUCUCGAAGAGUGGAAUCUUCCCAGCGAUCCUCGGGAAUCCAGAGAAAGACAUCAAAUGGGAUGAAUGGAAGGCAGCAGCCUCGACGAGAGAUGGAACAAGUCAGAUAGAAUAAUUUUCAGGUCUGACCUAAUUGAUGUAUAUCCUUGUCGUCAUUCCAUCCUCCAAGAACCUCUGUGCUUUUAUGUGUUUUGUGCAUAUUCACGCCGGCACAAGCUCGUUCGGCGUCCACUUCUUGACUUCGGGCGGCUCUUUCAUUUGCAAGCCUUGUUGACUCUCCCAAAACACCCCAUCGGCACCAGGAGGUCUUCCCCCACCGUUGAUGUCGUAGGUAUUGGUGGUGGCAGCCUGGGUAUCUUCGGGCUGCACGGCUUCAACCUGCCACACCUCUCCCUUGGCCUUGACGCACAAGUCGACCAUUUCCCUGAGCACCUCGUCGACCUUUGCCGCCUGCUCGCGCAUGC